AUGACCUCACUGCCUCAUAUAGACGCAAUUGAGCCAGCACAAGCUCAAAAUUAUCCGCAAACUCCAGAUGCUGAGAAAGCCACGACUGCUGAAGCUAUUGCUGGCUCAUUAAACCAACCAGGUGGCUCUGACACCGAAAGCAACAGCGGAAAUGUAGAGCUCCAAGAUCAAUCACAGCGUCUACCAUUCUUCCGACUCAUCCUCGCCUACCUCUGUCUAUGCUUCUGCUAUUUCAUCUCCUAUCUCGACAUGAACUCUGUCGCGACAUCUUUGCCCACCAUAUCUGAGGCUCUCGAUGCUGGUCCGACUGUUACUUGGGUCGGAACGUCAUACCUUCUCGGCCAACUCUCAUUCCAGCCACUUUAUGGCAGGAUAUCCGAUAUCACCGGACGGAAACCUGUCUUAUUAUUCUCAAUGGGUUGUAUCUUAAUUGGCGGUCUCCUCUGUGGUUUCGCCCGCACGCCCGUCUGGUUGUACGUCUGUCGCACAAUCAGCGGCAUUGGCGGAGGCGGCAUAAGCUCUUCAGUGGCUAUCAUCGUCAGCGAUCUCGUUAGUUUAAGAUCACGAGGGAAGUAUCAAGGAUUCAUUAGCCUUGCCAUUGGGAUUGGAGCUGCUUCUGGCCCAUUUGUCGCUGCUGGGUUAAUACAAUUGACCACUGACGGGUGGCGAUGGGCCUUCUGGACCCCGUCGAUAAUGGGAGCCGUAUGUUUUGUGCUUCUUCUUCUACUUUUGCCUCUGAAGCACGUUUCCGGGAGCUUCAGAGAGAAAGUUCGCAAGAUUGAUCGGAUGGGAGUGUUGGCUUCGAUUGCUGGUAUCGUGCUAACGGUUAUGGCCAUCAACUCUGGUGGAAGCAUGUGGGCCUGGGAAAAUGUCAAGACCAUCUCCAUCCUCACUAUCGGCCUCCUCAUGCUGCUUGCCUUCAUAAUUAUUGAAGCUUUCUUUGCCCGAAUCCCCAUCAUCCCCUUGAGGCUGUUCAAGCAAAGAUCACCAGCUGUGCUCAUCCUUACCGGAUUCCUGCACGACUUCGCGUGGCAGUCUACGCAGUACUUUGUUCCUCUGUACUACCAAACUGUUCGGGGUUUUACGCCGUUGAAGAGCGCGACGCUCAUUGUACCGUUUCUUCUCGCGCAAGGACUUGCUGGCGCUGCUUCAGGGCCUAUCAUGGCUCGGUAUGCAAGAUACAUGCCCAUUUUACGGACCGGCUUCACUAUUUGGACCAUCGGUGCCGGUCUCAAGCUUCUAUUCAAUGAGCACACUCAUGUCGCCGUCUACGUAAUAGUCCUAGCUAUUGAAGGAGCAGGGAUAGGAUGGGUCCAUCAGCCAGGCCUUGUUGCUUUACAAGCCAACUCUGCAGACCAAGAUCGUGCUGUAGCUACCGGAACCCGCAACGUCUUUCGCUCCCUCGGCGGCGUUGUUGGUAUCGCUGUAUCCACAGCGGCAUACUAUGCUACUCUAAGCAAAGAUCUUUCGCAAUCCAACGCGGUUCCUAAAUGGCUUCGCGACCGUGUCUUGGAUGGCACAUGGGCUGUUGGGGACUCCAACACUGCAGAGUUCAAAAGCGCUAUCAUCAAUGCGCGCAUGCAAGGCUUCCGAGUGAUCUUCAUCACCACGAUACCUCUCAUGGCUUUAUGUCUGUUGGCCAGUUUCUUGGUAGAUGAUAUUGUUCUAAAGGGUGACACGGGUCAGGGAGGAAUGAGAGAAAGAGGUCAGACAACCAAGCCAGCAUCUACUCCCAUGGCGCCGUCAGAUACCAAGAGGGAUAGCUCGCAACAGCUAGAAGCUUCUAAGGGGUAA